AUCUUCCAUUCUCUCGGAAGCUUCCUCCACCGUCGCCAAAAUCAUCGGCAAGCCUGAGAACUAUGUGAUGAUUGUCUUGAAAGGCUCUGUGCCUAUGUCAUUUGGUGGGACCGAGGAUCCUGCAGCUUAUGGUGAAUUAGUCUCUAUUGGUGGCCUUAAUGCCGAUGUGAACAAGAAGCUAAGCGCUGCGGUUUCUGCUAUUCUUGAGUCUAAGCUAUCGGUGCCCAAGUCUCGAUUCUUCCUCAAGUUUUAUGACACCAAGGGAUCCUUCUUUGGUUGGAAUGGGGCGACUUUUUAAUUCCGUGGACUGUGGCAGGUGAGAGAUUAGUGUGAUUGUCCUGAAAUGUAUGAACAUGUUCUAGCUUCAGUGAUCUACUCUCAUCGAUCAAGUAACUCUGAACUAUUUCGUAUUGUAAACAUGUCUAAGGUUUGAUGGAGUUGCAUUAAGAGUAAACAAUAGUUAUUGAA